AUGGAAAAGGCGCUUAUUCCAGCACCUCCGACCGCUGAACUUGAAGAGUUAUUUCGUGCAGCUCAUACAGCUAAGCAUGCAGCAUAUUGUCCAUAUUCCAACUUUCGCGUUGGCGCUGCUCUAUUAGGAUCCAAUGGAAAGAUCUACAUGGGAUGCAAUAUUGAAAAUGCAUCGUACGCGUUGGCAACAUGUGCUGAACGCACAGCCAUAGUCAAAGCAGUUUCGGAAGGCGAGAAAACAUUUACAAAGAUUGCUAUCACUUCCGAUGUCGAGACUGGUUUUACAGGACCUUGUGGAUCAUGUCGACAAACAUUGGCUGAAUUCGGGCUUGACCUCGAAGUAUACCUUGUCAAUUCGAAAAAUCAAUCCAAAUUGUAUACACUUCGUGAAUUAUUACCGAUCGCUUUCGUACCAACCGAUUUGAAUAAACCUCGUCUUAGCCAUGAUGUCGUGGAAUAA